UAUUUUCCUGAUUCAUUAUUUGAAAUAGCUGGAAACGCCGUAAACAAACUAAAAGAACCGAUUAGUUGGUCGUGGUCAGUAUCAAAUGUCAUAAAUUGGGUACAGUAUGGGUUAAAAUUGCCUCAAUACGUAAUAAUUUUCAAGGAGAACAAUAUUGAUGGUAAGAAAUUAAUUUUCAUUAACUGUCAAACGCUACCUUCUAUGCAUAUUACAGACUUUGAUCAUAUCAAGUAUAUCGCAAAAAACGUGAGACACCUGUACGGCUUGUCUCCGGACACCGAGUACCACAGCGGGAUCAAUGGCCAGCGGUCUGCGCACCGCGUGUACGGCCGAUACUACAUGCACCUGGCCACCAAUUAUUAUGGGGCCAGCGGGCGGCAGUCGGCCACGCGUGGCCGUGGUGCGCAGGAAACGCCGUCGCUUUUCGAUUACGUGCAAUCGACCGGCGUCGUGACAGACGCGCGACGUCGUGGCCCCCGGACGUCCGGUCGUCGUUCGGACGGAGGGCCGCAGUCCCCGACACACAGAACGCUGCUGGCUCGGUUGCCGGCCACCGAGUAUCUCCGGGGCGGACAGUGCGCGCAUGCCGAUCGGGCCGUAGCGCGGUUGCGUCCGAUGCUGCGGCAGACGUGCGUCGUAAUGGAAUCGCCGCGGCCGGUUUCGAAACGCUGA